AUGGAGGAUCCUCCCAGGUUCAUCAUCGGGCACCAUGACCCAAAGAGGCCCCUACCAGUCUCGAUGGACAUCAUACAAGAUGCUCAUGCGGCAAAUUAUGAUAUGGUUACGAGCCCCAUUACGACUCCCCAUUUCCAUUCCCGGGUCUUGACCCUCCUGUCCUCAUCCCUUGCCCUCCAUUCAGAAGAAGACAUCACAAAGACGAAAAGCGCUUCGCCCGUUCUUAUUCCGCCACUGACUCCAGCGGAUACUCCUUUGACGCCUGACGAGUCCAUCAGUCAGACCAUCGGCAUCACAAGUUCCUGGAUCGACCUUGGUUCUCCAGAUCCGAUCAUUGCAGAUAUAUCUCGACAAGUCCUCCAACUGGAGGUGGCUUACGCUGCCUUUUGCGGACUCACAUAUGUGCUGAUCUCAGGUCCUCUUCUUCGGGGUCACGGCGUGUCUGACAGCGGGAUUGCCCAAUAUGCGAGAGCAAUCUCGGAUGCCCUGAGCCAAGGCCCCUAUAUGCAGCUAUACGUAUGGUUGCCUAUGAUCGACCACUCCGAGGAACAAACUGAUCAAAUUGGCAACCUAGCUCCCUUUGCCCGUCGACAGUUUCUGGAGCAGGACGAGGCUGAAGACGAAAGAUUGGAUGUUUUUGGAUCUUGGGAGGCAUGGAACAUGAUUAGAUCGAUAUGUAAAUAUCCCUCGAGAUUAUGUGUAGCAUUGUCUAUACCAAAGCUGCUACCGCCAGUGCCCAUCCAGUCAAGAUGGUAUUCCGAACCCGUCCGGCUCCUCACGCUCGACAAGCAAGUGUUCGCUAAGAACGCCAAGGGCUAUCCCGUGCUGAGUCGUGCUCAUCAAGCCUUCGUUCUGAGAUUUUCUCGGCUCCGUACGGCGCCAUGGUUCCUUCUGUGUGAUGUAGGGACCAUUCCUAGCAACACCACCAACGGCACAGCUGGGACCAAUGCUUUCCCUACGCUCGCCGAAGCAGCACAGACUGCCGACCUCAAAGACGCGACCCCUCACCUCUCGUACAUGCGCAACCUGCAGACCAAACAGCCACUGCAGACGGUCAUCGAUCGCUUUGGGGCCGGCUACCAAGAUUACCUACAGGCGCCAUUGCAACCACUCUCUGUCAACCUCGAAAGCAUCACUUACGAAGUCUUCGAGAAGGAUCCGAUCAAGUAUGCAUGGUAUGAGCGCGCCAUCGCCCGGGCCCUGCACGACUGGGUUGAACAAGGCAAACCAACCUCCAACCCAGACGGACGAGUCGUUGUUGCCGUGGUAGGAGCAGGGCGUGGACCGCUGGUCACCCGCGCUCUCAAGGCAAGCCAAGAUGUCGGCGUGGAGAUUGACAUGUGGGCGUUGGAAAAGAACCCAAAUGCCUUUGUCCUUCUUCAACGCCACAACAAAACCACCUGGAAUGGCCGCGUAAAUUUGGUGAAAUCGGACAUGAGGACGUGGACAGGACCUAUUCGUGCUGCAAAUGCGCCACAGCCGGCUCGAAUAUACAACACCUUGGCCGACAGCGAGGACGAUGAUGAUGAUGAUGACGACGACAAUAACACCGAGGGCGCCAACAUGAAGAAAGGCCAGACCGCAGAGCAAGAAUCAACCACCCCACAGCCGACUUUCACCGGCUCACCCAGCCUCGACAGUACCUACCUCCUUGCCACUACGCCCCAGAUCACCACACCCACACCAUACAAGAUCGACAUCCUCAUCAGCGAACUCCUGGGCUCCUUUGCCGACAACGAGCUCUCCCCCGAAUGCUUGGACGGCGUCCAGCACCUCUUGAACCCGGUACACGGAAUCUCCAUCCCGGCAUCGUACACGGCACACAUCACCCCGAUCGCGGCGCCGAAAUUACACGCAGACAUCCUGCAUGGGAUGAGCAGUAACCCCAACGCCAGCGAGACGCCAUACGUGGUCAUGUUCAACGCGAUCGAUUACUUGAGCACGAAGCCAGCUGCUGCUGCAGCAGAAGCCGAGACGCGCCGAGUGUCCACAGGGGCCGGGACGCCUGGCGACAUGGCAAUCCCCGUCAUCCAGCAGACAUGGGCGUUCCAGCAUCCCAACCCGGCCUUACCCAGCCUGACCCCAUCCACCAUCGGCACGACGACCACCGAACCGUCCCUCACCAACAGCCACAACGCGCGCUCGUGCCAGUUGACCUUCCCGAUCCCGCACCGGGGCACAUGCCACGGCCUGGCGGGUUAUUUUGAGACUGUGCUCUACAAGGGCGUCGAGUUGUCCACGAAUCCGGACACGAUGGACCAAAAGAGCGAAGGCAUGAUCAGCUGGUUUCCAAUAUUCUUCCCGUUGAAGACACCAAUCUUCCUCCCCGAUAACAGCGAAGUCAGCCUGACAAUGUGGCGCAAGACCGACGACCGCAAAGUCUGGUACGAGUGGCUCGUCGACGUCUACAUUCGUCUCCCCCCGUCCCCGUCUUCCUUCCACACUCCAUCCCUGGCUGGUGGUCAUCACAUCGCGCACCCGCCACCAAGGCCAUCUCAGAACAAGAUCCCCGACGUCAGCGGCGGCGGCGGCGGCGACAAAUGGAAGAGGAAAACCGUCCCAGGAGCGCCACCAACUCUAGCGAUACCCCCGCCAACAGACACGAUGCACAGCAGUGCGGAGCGAGGCACGACGCGGGUCCACGGCGCACUACUCGGAGGGCGCAGGAUCCGCAUCGGAGGGAGCGAGCUGCACUCCUCGGAGAAGGAGGCCUGUCUGAUGUAG